UUGAAUCCCACCCCUCUAGCUGCGGGACCCCGAACCCUAAUGAUCCUGCAACAGCCCCUGGAGCGAGGCCCCCCGGGUCGGGCCCCGCACGACCCACGGGCCACCUCCGGGGCAAAUCGAGGCCUGGACGCCAGGGAUCCCUUGCACAAGCAGUUCCUGUCCGAGGACAACAUGGCCACCCACUUCUCCCGACUCAGCCUACAUAACGACCACCCCUACUGCAGCCCCCCCAUGACUUUCCCCCAAGCCCUGCCACCACUCAGGAACCCUUGCUCAGAGUUGCUUCUCUGGCGCUAUCCUGGGAGCCUGAUCCCUGAGGCCCUCAGGCUGUUGAGGCUGGGGGAUACCCCCAACCCCUACUAUCCUGCAACCCCAACUGAGGACAUCAUGGAGCUCUGAGUGCUGGAGACAGUGCCCCUCCCACCUUGUCCCGACUACAGAGAAGACAGCAACCCCCAAGAAGGGAUGAGGUCUUCUCUGAACUCAGUGGAGCCUGAGGAUGGGAGGGGCAGCAGCUUGGGAAGGGAAGGUAUCACCCCAUUAGUGAAUAAAGAUUUCUGAACAGCUGAA